AAACUGAUUAAUAGCGUUUUCAUUUCACGACACAAGUUUUGUCUGCGCAAUAGUCUUGCAUUAUGCACUACCUUGAACACACAUUAGAUCCGUUCAACUGCCUGCUGCGAUAUCGCCUUGUUGUCAGUCCCCCGUAACGUCGGUGAACUGUGCUGAAGAAAUGGACAAAAUCAACGCCUUGCAUUCGGAUAAAGCUGACGAUGUGGCUACUUCUUCCAGCUUCCGUCAAUUCAAGAUCGAGCAUUUUCAUCUUGACCUCAGCGUUGAUUUUGAUAAGAAAAAUAUAUCAGCCACCGAGACUCUCCGGCUGAGGUGCAUUCGGGACCAACAAAGCGAAGUGCUGCUAGAUAUCCACCCGUCUCUGAGCUUCCAAGAGGUGUCCUACUGCCAGGGCUACGAUGACACCGAAUGGAAAAAAGUAGAAUUUCUCACCAGGGACUUCACAAGCUAUGGUACCACUCUGGUCGUUAAAUUCCCUGCGCCGUGGAAAGCCGAUGAAAAAUUCCGGGUGGCUAUCAAAUAUGCUGCCACUGACGGACCAGGGGUGUGCUGGCUGAAUCCUGAGCAGACCGCGGGGAAGACCAAACCGUAUGUCUUCACUCAAGGCCAGGCGGUGCUCAACCGGUCCCUCUUCCCCUGCUUCGACACUCCAGCGGUGAAGAGCACCUACUCGGCCGCGGUGAAGGUGCCUGAGGGCUUCACAGCGGUCAUGAGCGCCACCACGUGGGAACACAGGAAGGCGGACAACAGCUUCCUGUUCCGCAUGGAGCAGCCCAUCCCCUCCUACCUGGUGGCGCUUGCUGUGGGGGACCUGGUGUCCGCCGAGGUGGGGCCCAGGACUCGUGUGUGGUCAGAGCCGUGUCUGCUGGAGGCCGCUAAGACUGAGUAUGACGGCGUGAUCGAAGGCUUCCUGUCUGUUGGAGAGAAGCUGUUUGGGCCAUACGUGUGGGGAAGGUAUGACGUGCUGUUCAUGCCGCCCUCCUUCCCCUUCGGUGGCAUGGAGAACCCCUGCCUGACGUUCGUGACCCCGUGCCUGCUGGCGGGCGACCGCUCGCUCGCCGACGUCAUCGUGCACGAGAUAUGCCACAGCUGGUUCGGUAACCUGGUGACCAACGCCAACUGGGGAGACUUCUGGCUCAACGAGGGGUUCACUAUGUACGCCCAGAGACGCGUGUGCCGGGAGCUCUACGGUGAGGCGUACACCUGUCUGGAAGCUGCCACAGGCCGCGCCCUGCUGAAGCAGCACAUAGAUAACACCGGAGAGGACCACCCCCUCAAUAAACUACGCGUCAAAAUCAAGCCAGGGGUGGACCCUGAUGACACCUAUAAUGAGACACCCUAUGAGAAGGGCUUCUGUUUUGUCUCAUACCUGGCUCACCUGGUGGAUGACCAGAGCCGCUUUGACUCCUUCCUCCAGGCCUACGUGGACAAGUUUAAGUUCUGCAGCGUGAUGUCCGAGGACACGCUGGAGUUCUUCCUGGAAUACUUCCCUGAGCUGCACAAGAAGGGCGUCCACCAGAUCAAGGGUCUGGAGUUUGAGAGCUGGUUGAAUGUCCCCGGGUGGCCACCGUACCUGCCUGACCUGUCUGCAGGGCAGAGCCUGAUGAAGCCGGCGGAGCAGCUGGCAGAGCUGUGGGUGCAGCCGAGUCUGGACAUGACGGCCAUCGGCAAGGUCAAUGCCAAGCCCUGGAAGACCUACCAGACCGUCUACUUCCUGGAGCAGAUCCUGGGGAAGUCACCACUGCCUGAGGGUAACAUGAAGAAGCUGGAGGAGCACUACCCUCACAUCGUGGAGUCCAGCAACGCAGAGCUGCGUCUCCGCUGGGCUCAGAUCAUCGCCAAGAACCAGCACCAACCGGGCUACCAGCACAUCCGCAAAUUCCUCAGCUCACAGGGCAAGCAGAAGUAUACUCUGCCGGUGUACCGUGCCCUGUGGGGGGGUUCCAAGGAGACGCGUGCUCUGGCCACGGAUGUGUUCUCCAGCACCGCGCAUCAGCUCCACGUCAAUGUCCGCAACUACGUGAAGAAGAUCCUCAGCUGAGCUCUCCUGACCACGAGCCCGAGCAUGCUCAGUCAGCCUCACCCCCAGAGCCGCUGACGAGGCACCUGCAGACCGUGCACAGACGCAACUGCUCAGGUGCUCACCUCACCUGCGGCAGACGGAGCAGCUCAGGUGCUCACCUCACCUGCGGCAGAUGGAGCUGCUGUGUGCGUCUGUACAGUCUACAUUACUUUGGACAUUAUUAUUCUAUUCGGUCAAAGGGAACCUCUUGGCACUUACUCAAGUACUGUGGUACUAUAAUUUUGCAUAUUGAUUAUGCAGUUUUUUUUUCUAACGAUGAUGACUGGGAAUAAAUGUGUUGUAAAACAA